AUGGGGAAACUUGGUCGGGUCGUGUGCAUUGCACUUCCUUAUCUCUUGACUAUCGGUGCUCUUUUGAGCCUGAUAGCCGUUGGCGUCGGCUCGACCGACUCGAGUAGCUCAAUGACAAAUGAACUAUACUUUCUGAGGGUUGAUCUGUCCAAUUUGACCAAUGCUACUACUUCCUCAGCGCUCACCCAUCUCGCCGAGUCGGCCAUUCGAAAUGACACAAAGGCCAAGGAACUUGGCGAAGCGCUCGAAAAGGCUGACAAGGAUGCCGAAAUUCGCGAUUUCUACGACGUUGGCCUUUGGGGCUACUGCACGGGCAACAAGACCAGCAAGGGCGACUUUGACGUGGACCACUGCUCGUCUCGCAAGGCGAUGUUUUGGUUCAACCCUACCGAGGUCUGGGGACUAAAUGAGACCGGUAUUGACGCACUGUUCCCGGAAACGCUGCAAAAGGGAUUGAGUGGCUAUGAAAAAGCUGCCAAGUGGUUGUUUAUUGCAUAUGUUGUCGCCAUUAUCUCGACUGCCGCGGAGCUGCUGGUUGGCAUCGGGGCCAUGUUUAGUCGAUUGGGCAGUUGUAUCACGACUUUAGUUUCAGGUGUCUCUACCUUCUUCACCCUUGCUACCGCAAUUACAGCAACGGCUCUCUACGCCGCUCUCGAUGGCCUUUUCAACACCACCCUCAAAGACUACCAGGUGCACUCCAGCCUGGGAGCUCGUAUGAUUGCGGUCGUCUGGCUCGCUGCCGCCUUUUCGAUUGUCAGUGGCUUGUUCUGGGCAUUGAGCUCGUGUUGUUGCUCGGGCGAGUCCCGCGGUAGCCGUCGUGGUGGUCUCGUUGUUGAAAAGGCCCCUUAUACCUACGAGCGAGUUGGGUCGCCGUACAUGGGCAGGGAUGGCGCUGAGCCUACGCCAAUGUACAAUGGUCGCCAAUCGGUACCACUGUUUCCUGCUGCUCCGCAGGCCGUAUCUCGUGGCCAGGAUGGGUUUGAGCCUUACCGGCACGAACGGAGCGUGAGUGGAGCAUAG